UCCCGCGCAGUUUGACUAAGGUAAUUGACUAAAGGCGGUCACGCGCAUAGGUAUGGAAUCAUCGAUGCACGCCUCAUCGGAGCCAAAGGGCAGGAAUGCCCCUGCCCGCGCCGAUUCGGUUCGGUCUUUGUCGUGUUACAGCGUCGACGAGAACGUCCUGGAGGUGCUAUGGGUUCAUGACUGGUGCACCGCGAUCACGGCACGGUCACAAGCCUCGGUUUUCUGGUCCCGUCGUGACGAGGGAGUCGACAUGGACGAGCUCCUCGAGUUCUCUUUCGACCAGAUCGACAAGCUCGCAGAACGCAGGGGAAAGACGAUCGCCACCACCGAGAAGUUGCGUCUUUGGGAGUAUGUGCAGCAGAUGAGGCGUGAGCAGCCUUACUGGGUAACCAAGGAGUCUGUGCCCUGGGACGAAAUUCAGGCCAAGUAUUCACUUCCCAGUCGGUCUCUGUCGUCCGGCUCCUUCCAUUCUCACCUGGAGCUCUCGGGGACUGGACUUGCCACGCCCCCACCUUUGCUCUACUCCCUGAGCAAACCCCUGCCACCAACUUGUUCUCGUGCUACAGCCGCCAAUGAGAACUCGUCGCAGCCCUCGAACCAGCAGAAAUGCGAUCCGAACGAACGCUUCACACUGUCCGAGCAGUGGGACGCUGGUUCACCACACCGGGGUCAUGUUUCGGCAACGGGUUUCAAGAAAAAGCAAGGCUGGCAACGACUCCUGGGGAAGGUUUUUCAUCAGAAACACAAGGAUCCUUCGAAAGACGACGGCAGUGGCGAAUUCGCCUCCUUCUUUGCGGGUGUCGCCGACUCCUCUAGCCCUUGUUCGGUGAGCCAUGAAGAGGGAUUACAGUCUCCACUCAAGGGACCUGAGAAGAAACGCCCGACAGGAUUCCUCCGACGGUCUCUGCGCAGGGUAGCCACGGCUACGCGGAAACGUGAUUCGCGUGACGUUGUCAAGACCGAUAUUUAGGGCAUGCUGUAAGCGUUUUAUUUCAGUUUAUUUUAGUUCUGACGAAUUUAUCGCUUCCUCUGUGCGAAUAAAUGAUUAAUUCCCGGCUA